GCGCGUAGAUUUCGAACUUCUCAAGCCGUUCUGCCUGUCGGCUCUGUUCGGUCACCGACGAUGGGAGUCGCCAACGCGCCGGCAAUUUGGUCAGUCGGCGUGGUGGUUGCAGCGCUCAUUGUCGCAGCUCAAGGAUCGCCGUCGUCGAGUGCCCGCCGCCGCUACAGUUUCCUCGAAGACGACGACGGCCCGAGUCGCCUUCACCGUCACCGUCACCACGAUUUCGUCAUAAAGGAGAGUAACUACACGAGACUCUGCCGUGAAAAGACCAUCCUCACCGUCAACGGCAAGUUCCCCGGCCCGACCAUCUAUGCGAAGAAGGGCGACGUCGUCGUUGUCAACGUCUUCAACCAGGGCGAUAAGAACAUCACCCUCCACUGGCACGGAGUGAACCAGCCGCGAAGUCCGUGGUGGGACGGGCCGGAGUACAUAACGCAGUGCCCGAUCCAGCCCGGCAAGAAAUUCACGUACCGGAUCAUCUUCUCCGAGGAGGAAGGCACGCUGUGGUGGCACGCGCACAGCGCCAUGGACCGCGACACCGUGCAUGGCGCCAUCGUCAUCCACCCCCGGCGCGGCACAACCUACCCAUUCAGCAAGCCGCACCGAGAGAUACCCAUCAUCCUUGGGGAAUGGUGGAACAACGACAUUCGGCAAGUGCUUGCCGACGCCACCUCCACCGGCAGCGAUUUCCAGCCUUCCGACGCCAACACCAUCAACGGCCAGCCCGGUGACCUGUUCGCUUGCUCCAGCAAUGCCACCUUCAGGCUGCCAGUCAAACACGGCAAGACCUACAUGCUCCGGAUCAUCAACGCGGCCCUGACCAACGGAUUCUUCUUCGCCGUCGCGGGGCACCGCCUCACCGUGGUCGGCUCUGACGCUUCCUACACCAAGCCGUUCAGCGUCGACCACGUAUUCAUUGAUGCCGGCCAAACGGUGACCGCGCUGCUCAAGGCCCGCCGUGGCCGCUCGAACGCCCGCUACUUCUACAUGGCGUCGAGGCCGCUGGCGACCAACCCGCAGGCCACCGUCGACAACAGCACGACCACCGCCGUCCUGGAGUACGUCGACGCUCCCGCGGCGCCGGCCGAUGCGGCGCAUGACCUCCCCAGCCUUCCCGCCAUCAACGACAGCUCCGCGGCGGCGGCGUUCACGGCGCGGCUCAGGUCGCUGGCCAGCAAGGAGCACCCAGCCGACGUGCCCCGGCACGUCGACGAGCACAUGCUCGUCACGGUGGAGGUGAACGAGAUCGCGUGCGCGCCCGGCGAGGCGUGCAAGGGGCCCCACGGCAACCGCUUCGCGUCGAGCCUCAACAACGUGAGCUUCGAGACGCCGCGGAGCGACAUCCUCGGAGCCUACUACCGCUCCGCCGUCGGCGGCGUGGUCAGGACCGACUUCCCCGACAACCCGCCGUCGCCCUUCAACUUCACGGCCGACGACCUCCCCCCGGAGCUCGCGCUGACCGCGAGAGACACGAGGGUGAAGGUCCUGGAGUACGGCACCGUCCUGGAGGUGGUGUUGCAGGGCACGACCAUCCUCGGCGGUGACAGCCAUCCCAUGCACCUGCACGGGUUUAGCUUCUACGUGGUGGGGAGAGGGAUUGGCAACUUCGACAAGAGCACGGACCCCGCCAAGUACAACCUGGUCGACCCGCCGUACCAGAACACCGUCUCCGUUCCCAAGAAUGGAUGGGUUGCAGUCCGCCUCCGUGCAGAAAACCCUGGCGUAUGGUUCAUGCACUGCCAUUUCGAGCGCCACAUGGUAUGGGGGAUGGAAACGGUGUUCAUUGUGAAGAACGGCAAGGGACCAGAUGCUAAGAUCAUGCCACCACCUCCAAAUAUGCCCAGGUGUUGACAGAGCAAGAAGGCAAAUUUUCAUAGAUUUUUCAAAUCCUCCAUUUGGCGAGCAAGAAAGAAAACUAGUUAGAGCUGAAAGGGUUUUGUAGCUAGAGAAAUUAAGAGACGUUGUAAUUCUUUUGGCGCCUAGCAUUAUCUCUUUCAUCAUCACAAUCGAUGCGGUGUUUUUUUUUUGCGAGAAUAAAACUUGUAUU